CCAGUGUAUAUCGGUGCAACUGUCGCCCCCCACAGAAGAUCACUGAAGGCCAAGCUACACACUAUCAGCAAUCCUGGACGAAGAGACCUGAUGCCACUCCUCAACAAACCAAUGAUGACUAUCACAUUGGAUACAAAACGCAAAAUGCUCAGUAACAAUGUGAGAAGGAAAAACCAAUUGGCGUAAUAGAGGAAGCUUCUCUGGAACGACACAGAGAUCCCUGGAAUACGUCUGGAAUAAAACACGUCUGGUUUGUUGGGUUUUCUGCCAUGUUUUGGAGUCACAGGAGCAGGGUGCUGUAAUGGUAGCUGUAAAAAAGAAUUUGAAGUUUGUGUAGAUUGAAUAUGAAAAUGAAAAAGAUGACACGCUUGACACGUCCUCCAUAAAACAUGAAAUUAGGAAUUUUUACGUCGCGUCACGUCCUAGUCGUACAGGAAAGGAAAGAAAUGUACACUGAAAAAAGCGUGAUGCACAUGCGGCGUUGUUGUUUUGCUCACUCAGGUGAUGUUACGUACGCGAUUCACCUGCUCCUUUGCACCCUCGCUAAUGAGGUUGUGCCACUAUAAUCUAUCUUGAGUCAGUUGCAAGUUCAAAGACCAGCCAAGUAAUCAUGAGAUAAAAAGUGGUCAUGUGAGAAUAAUAUGGGUCGGAUUUCAGUAAAGUUAUUCUUAGUGACUGAAGUCCGUUUUCCGGGACGUCCGCGAAUACUGAUUUAUGGCUGGCUCCUCUUGUUAAUUGGGAAAUGUUUUGUACUCACUACUGCCUCCGAAAGACAUCAAAUUUGGAAGUUCCACCUGCCGGUAGCCUGCGUAGCUGGCGGUAUUCUGUAGUAGUCGAGUAAGAUUUGGCGGCGAAGCCGUCUCGAAAGGCGUAAGCCGCGAGAAAUAGAAAUUCAAACGCCUCGUCCCCACUCCCUUUUUUUAUCACAGCUCCGCCGCCAAAACGUUAAUCGCGCACCGAGACAAUACCGCCAGCUACGCAGGCUAACUUUGCCAGUACCCUUCUGUUCUCGCAUUAACCCGCAGAAGAUUUUGCCACUGCAUGAGAUGAGCAAAAUAGUUUUAACGAGAACCUGUCAAUUUCGUGAAAUAUAUACCCUUUCAUUAAUCUCCGAGCAUCCUUCAUAAUUUUCUCUGUCAAAUGGAACGCAGCAGCAGUGGCGCUCGAUUACGAUCACUCCUUUUACAAUUUCUCUCAUGUCUCGAGCAUGGAUAAACAACACGCUGUGAAAGUAGUCAAAGUACUGAGGCAGUACUUCUUGUAGGCUCGAUUACCGCGCGCUGUGCGGGAAAUGAGUGCGCGCUUUUCUGUAUUUCCAACGAAAAGGAGGAGAAAGAAAGGCACAUUAUUUGAACGGUCUGAAAUUAGCUUUGAAGGAGGUGCAGGGACAAAAAGAGCGUUCUUCUAUGCACGUCGAGAGAGAACCGGAGAUCGAACCUACACGACUUGGUUUUCAUAACAAUAUAUUCCGCACAAGUAAUUUAAGGUGCGCAAAAAUGGGCAAGAAAAACAUUUAACUUGUCUCGACUUGUCUUGCAACAUUGCUGCAAAACGAGUUGUUGACUAGCAGUGUUGCGCGUUUUACCACCCACAUCAAACCUGUCGUGCAACAAAUCAGGUAGCCUGCAGUGCAGGCGUUUUCUUCGGGCGCGCGAAUGUUUUGCUCGCGAAGAAACUCGAAAAGAUGGGAGAAAAUGGGGCGAGUCAAAAGGACUUAGCACUUACCCUUAGGGUUACUAUUUUCACUCUCCCUAAUAGAAACUCCUAAUCUUCCUCUGUCAUAACAAAGAUGGCGGUUACAAAAGUACGAACACAAGCAGCUUUCGCCCGCCCAAAAUACGCCUGCACUGCACGCUACAAAUCAGGUUGUUAACAGGUUUGAACGAGGGUGGUAAAGCGUGCAACAUCGCUAUUCAACUCGUUUUGUAGCAAUGUUGCAAAACAAGUUACAUGCUUUUGUUGCCCGUUUUACAAUGACAGGAAAUUCUAUAAGUACCGAAACUGGAAUUUAAAUUCAUUUAUGUCUGUCUGAAAUAGAGCUGACCCCUCCUGUGCUGGAAACAAAUCAAGCAAAAUACUUUUGACAAAAAAGGGAAAUAAUAGACAAAUAAAAAACGACUUAUUUUUGAAUACAAAUAUCAGUAUAAUGUUGGACUAUGUCAGUAGUAGGUAACUGAAUUUUUUCUCGUUUUGUCGGUAGUCAGUUAUAUUUUCACCAUUUUUCGCCGGUCGGUUAACCCCAUUCACACCCUCUUAAAAUCAUUUGACCAUUCUAAAAUGCCUUUAAAGUAUUUUUGAAUUGUCAUUUGAUUUCUACGCGGAAAUAAAAAAAAAUAACAUUUAUUAUAACGUUAAUUAUAAACGUUCCAACGAGGCCGUGAAUUCGUUCUUUUUUAAAUUAAGAUCUCGUAAUUGUUGCUUCCUGCUAAACAGUUUAAAACAAUUCAGUAAUAAAACAUGAUGAAAAACCUUAUUUUCGUUGAUGAAUACCGCUUUACCUUAUAUUUAUGACUUCUUAGGCGUUAUUCUAAAUUUAAAAGAACUACAACUAUGUCGGGGGGUUUUUUGCCGAGCCCGAUUCAAGGAAAACUGACAAAGGUUAAUAAAAAUCCAGCAAAACGAUUAGAAGCGGAGAAGAAAGAAAAAGUCUAAAUGCGGUAUAUUCCUUAUCGCACCGAGUCCAUUUGAUCCGUCCUUAACGUGUGGUUUUGAGAUUUGGCACUUUAUCGUUCCGUAUAAAUAUUGCUUACUAAACAAUAAUUAUCAUUAUAAUAAACCAGUACAAAAGAACUAAAUUGCAUGUUAAAUUAAAAGCUUUCGACUAAGUGAAGCCGAAACGAGCUAGAAAACAGGUGUGCUUGUCAUGUUCAGUUUUCUGCCUUAUUCAAUAACGUUUUUUCUUUCCAGUUGUAGCGUAGAAAGUAGCUGCAUAGAGUAUGCAUGUUUCAAGCGUACUGUGUUUUAUGUCAUAUCUCAUAAUAACAAAGAAUUGUACCUUUUUUGUAAAACGCAACAACUUUCUUCCAACUUAAUAGUAACGAACGAGCAUUUAGAUACGUAAAAAAAUAAGUAGGGUUUGUAAAAUGGUAUAACAGCAUUGAGUGCACAUACAUAUCUUUAGAAAUGGCCUAUAUACUAUAUGCUUCUACGUACAUUUCACUGAAUUAUUUCUGCCACUUGCCACUUGCCAAUAUUUUCGAACUAAUAGCACAUCGAAAGUCAGUUUGCUUUAUCAGAGUUGAAAAGUUCAAGCUUUUUUAGGCAGAAGACUACUUCAGUUAAAACAACUAAUAAAAGGGCUACCUGCGCCGCGGCUCUCAAAUGGAAUCCAAAUCCAAAGGCGGAGUCCAAAUCUAAAAACUGAUUUCGUCAAAUAAAGACAGCGCUUUUGAGACAUGGUUUUCAAUAAAAGAGAACCGCAGAUACACGAUCGAGGAAAACCCUUUUGCAUUUUGCGCUCAAUUGGGAAGUAGGAAAAAUACGGAUUUGCCCCGUUUUUCUCACACGAACAUAACUUGAACACAACUACAACAUUCUUACUUUAAAUAGCAACAGAGUAGGAAAAAUUAGCCUCUUCACCUUACUGCUGCAUUUGACAGGGUCAGGAUCAAGGAAGAUUUUGGCAGAACCCGUUCUUUGUUUCAUGUCGGAAAAGAACUCAGUCCGGCCAUCUAG